AAAUGCUUUAUUUUGGGCUAAGUGAGAUACAGAUCCCUUCAGUCUGACAGCGUUUCAGCCUCCGGAGUGAGGAAGCAGCAGAAACAGAAGCAGCAGAAGCAACAGCAGUAGCAGCAGCUCCAGCAGCAGCUCCUGCUGAAGUCCAACCACGGAGACCUGAUCUGUACAUCCUGGAACUCCGCCUGGGGUCGUGCACUGUCCAGGGUCCUGAAACAUGAACCAAACUGCCAGUGUAUCCCAUCACAUCAAAUGUCAGCCUUCCAAAACAAUCAAGGAACUGGGAAGUAACAGCCCUCCACAGAGGAACUGGAAGGGGAUCGCUAUCGCCCUCCUGGUGAUUUUAGUGGUGUGCUCACUCAUCACCAUGUCGGUCAUCCUCUUAACCCCAGAUGAACUCACAAAUUCAUCAGAAACAAGAUUGUCUUUAGAUGACCUGUUCAGGAAAGAAUUUGUUCUUCAUGACCCGGAAGCUCGAUGGAUUAAUGAUACAGACUUGGUGUAUAAAAGCGAGAAUGGACAUGUCAUCAAACUGAAUAUAGAAACAAAUGCCACCACGUUAUUGUUGGAAAACACAACUUUUGUAACCUUCAAAGCCUCAAGACAUUCGGUUUCACCAGAUUUAAAAUAUGUUCUUCUGGCAUAUGAUGUCAAACAGAUAUUUCAUUAUUCGUACACUGCUUCAUACGUGAUUUACAACAUACACACUAGGGAAGUUUGGGAGUUAAACCCCCCAGAAGUGGAGGAUUCCGUCUUGCAGUACGCGGCCUGGGGUGCGCAGGGGCAGCAGCUGAUUUAUAUUUUUGAAAAUAAUAUCUACUAUCAACCCGAUAUAAAGAGCAGUUCAUUGAGAUUGACAUCUUCUGGGAAAGAAGGAAUUAUUUUUAAUGGAAUUGCUGACUGGUUAUAUGAAGAGGAGAUUCUGCAUUCUCACAUCGCCCACUGGUGGUCACCAGAUGGAGAGAGACUUGCCUUCCUGAUGAUAAAUGACUCGCUGGUGCCUAAUAUGGUUAUUCCCCGGUUUACUGGCGCACUGUAUCCCAAAGGGAAACAGUAUCCCUAUCCAAAGGCAGGUCAAGUGAAUCCAACAGUAAAACUGUAUGUUGUAAACUUAUAUGGACCAACUCACACUUUGGAACUUAUGCCACCGGAGAGUUUUAAAUCAAGAGAAUAUUAUGUCACUAUGGUUAAAUGGGUAAGCAAUACCAAGACAGUGGUAAGAUGGUUAAAUCGGCCUCAGAACAUCUCCAUUCUCACUGUGUGUGAGACCACCACGGGUGCUUGUAGUAGAAAAUAUGAGAUGACAUCAGACACAUGGCUCUCAAAACAGAAUGAGGAGCCUGUGUUUUCCAGGGAUGGCAGCAAGUUCUUCAUGACUGUUCCUGUUAAGCAAGGUGGCCGUGGCGAGUUUCAUCAUAUAGCUAUGUUCCUUGUGCAGAGCAAAAGUGAACAAAUUACUGUGCGGCAUCUGACAUCAGGAAACUGGGAAGUGACCAAGAUCUUGGCGUAUGAUGAACAUACUCAAAAAAUUUACUUCUUGAGCACCGAGAGUUCUCCUAGAGGGAGGCAGUUGUACAGUGCUUCUACUGAAGGAUUAUUGAAUCGCCAAUGCAUUUCAUGUAAUUUUAUGAAAGAACAGUGUACAUAUUUUGAUGCCAGUUUUAGUCCCAUGAAUCAACAUUUCUUAUUGCACUGUGAAGGUCCAAGAGUCCCAGUGGUCAGCUUGCAUAGUACGAACAACCCAGCAAAGUAUUUUCUAUUGGAAAGCAAUUCUGUGCUAAAGGAAGUUGUCUUGAGGAAGAAGAUUGUAAAGUCAGAAAUUAAAAUCCUCCACAUUGACGACUAUGAACUUCCUUUACAGUUAUCCUUUCCCAAAGAUUUUAUGGACCGAAACCAGUAUGCUCUUCUGCUAAUCAUGGAUGAAGAGCCGGGAGACCAGCUGGUUACUGACAAGUUCCACGUUGACUGGGAUUCUGUGCUCAUCGACACAGAUAACGUUAUUGUGGCAAGAUUUGAUGGCAGAGGAAGCGGAUUCCAGGGCCUGAAAAUAUUGCAGGAGAUCCAUCGGAAGCUGGGUUCAGUGGAAGUAAGAGACCAGAUAGCAGCUGUGAAAUUUUUGCUGAAACAGCCAUACAUUGAUCCCAAAAGAUUAAGCAUUUUUGGCAAGGGGUAUGGUGGCUAUAUUGCAUCGAUGAUCUUAAAAUCAGACGAGAAGUUGUUUAAAUGUGGAGCCGUGGUUGCACCCAUCACAGACCUGAAACUGUACGCUUCAGCUUUCUCUGAGCGAUACCUUGGUCUGCCCUCGAAGGAAGAAAGCAUGUACCAGGCGACCAGUGUGUUGCAUAAUAUUCACGGCUUAAAGGAGGAAAAUAUAUUAAUAAUUCAUGGUACUGCUGACACAAAAGUUCAUUUCCAGCAUUCAGCAGAAUUAAUCAAGCACCUAAUAAAAGCUGGAGUGAAUUAUACUAUGCAGGUCUACCCAGAUGAAGGGCACAAUGUGUCUGAGAAAAGCAAGUAUCAUCUGUACAGCACACUGCUCAGAUUCUUCAGUGAUUGCUUAAAGGAAGAAAUAUCUGUGUUACCACAGGAACCAGAAGAAGAUGAAUAAUGGACCCUAUUUAUACAGAACUGAAGGGGAUGUUGAGGCUCAAUGAAACCUAAGCAAGAGAAUGUCAUAAUGUAGGGGCUCCGGGAUUUCAAGGGCAGCUUAAGGAGAUGACACUGGAACAGCACACUCAGAGACAAUGAACUAGAAUUUGAAAAUGGAAACAAUCCACAUCUACUGUGAUAUCAAGGGUGCCAAACCUGUUUGUGUAAGGAAGGUCUGAGGGUUGGUUUCCUGGGAGAAAUUAGUUUUACAUUAAAGUAGGAGUAGUGCAUGUUUUCUUCUGUUAUCCCCCCCCCCCCGUUUGUUCUGUAACUAGUUGCUCUCAUUUUAAUUUCAAUGGCCACCAUCACCUUUGCAUAUGAUGCACAACUGAUGAUCAGUACCAUGGUCUCUGAUCGUUGAUGGCUGAGCUGCAAUCUAACACUUUUCCUGUACCUUUACAAUAAGUGCAAUUCUUUCCUUGUCUAUUAUUAUGCUUAAGAAAAGUAUUCAGUUAAUAAAAAAGCAGAGUAUUUUAUGUAAUUUCCGUUUUUAAAAAGGCAUCAUGAAAUGAAUCAAAGGACCUGUAGAACUAAUGUCAGCACCUUCCGAAGUUCAGCCAGUCAUCAGUAGAUAUAUCUGUAAGUCAGCGCACAAGUGUGUGUCUCGCAGCAUAUAUAAACACGUGUGCAUAUGCAGUCAAGGGACUCUCUUUACUUGUUAUCCAUAGUACCAAGGGUAAACUUUCAAUGAAUUACAAGAGAUGCUCUUUUACAGAUUAGAACGGAUGCUUUGUUUAAUGAGCCAAAAAUGAUGAAACAUUUUUUCCAAUUCAGAUUCUAGCUAUUGCUU